AUGACCUCACAGGCUGUUUCCCACUAUAUCUCAGCCAUCGCAGAUAUCAGAAACAACAACCCGCCGAAGCUUAAUGUUGUCAUUGCUUCUCUUGUUGACUGGGCCAUGGAGCUAGUCCAGAACAACGUUCCAGCAACCGUGGCACACUUACGUGGAACGUUCAAACUUCUUCGGGAGUACCAGCAGUUGAAACCUCCUCGGUCAGCGGAAGACAUUCUACGAAAAUCAAAUCUACCAAUGGCAAGCCUUGCCAGAGGGUUAACUACGCUGAUGAUCCAUACUGGACCUAAAUCAGGGGAGAUAGAGCCGCAAUAUCGCGGCCAUAUAUGCCAACCUUGGGGAGGGCCAGAAUUUUCGUCCUUUGCCGAAGCGAGGAGAGUCGUCUGUCAAUAUGUCGAGAAAAUUGCCGAGGCUGAGCAUGGUCAUAAUUUACGAGAGAUUGAGAAACUGUUGGGCUAUUGGUUCGAAGGCGUCCGGCGAUGGGACCAAGGAAAAGUUCCAUUUCCCAGUUCCGUCCUGACGGUGCUCCUCAUGCUAUUCAAUCUCGCAUUAGCUCUUCUCCCAAGCAUUGAUUUGGCUGGAUUCAGCUAUUCGGUCAACCCAAGUACCAUUGACUUUGUGGUCGACAAAGCCGCCACGCUUACGGACAUCUGUCUUGAGGCCGAGCAGGGCAAUAAAGAUCUAAAGGACACGUUGAUCCUUGUGCUUGCAUUCGUCAUCCGUCUCUUCCCACACUCGAAGAGCCAUGGUCGGGCAUCAUUGUUACUAAAACAACUGCGUGGACAGGUAUGA